AUGAAUAAAUCAGACAAAAAGUUUAUUUUAAAACUAUUUAAAAUUAAAAAUGGAAAUAUAAAUUUAUUAAAAAACAGAAUAACUCAUUUUAGUAUUAAUAAUAAAUGUAUACACAUAGUAUUAUGUAACAACACACUCAUAAAGUAUUAUGUGGAAGAAAAUGAAUUAUCUUAUAUUGACUUUUAUAAUAAAAAAACAACAAAUAAUAAAGCUGAAAUAAGAUCAAUAUAUUUUGAUAAUAAUUGUUAUCAUGGUUUUAUUUGCUUAGCUAAUAAAGAGUAUAUAUAUGUUCAUUUUGAAAAUAAUAUCAUAAAAAAUUUAUUAAAAUUAAAAAAAUAUAAUAUCAAAUGUUUAUGUUUUAAUAAUUAUAGUGAAAUAAAAAAUACUUAUCCUUUUGUUAUAGGUACAAAAAAUGGAGAAAUUAUUGAAAUGUGUAUAAGCAAUAAAGCAAAAAAUAAAGAACAUGAAGUCAUAUUUUGCAAUGAAAAUUUAUCCAUUCUUGAUAUAAAUAUGUUAAAUAUUAACAUUAAUGAAACUAAUGAAAUUUUAAGAAUUAUAUAUUUUACUACAAGCAACUGUUUACAUGAAUUAAGCUAUAUAAUUAAAAAUAAUAAAAUUUAUAAUUCUGAAAAAAAUGAAUCAAACUUUGAUGAAAAUAAAAAUAAAGAAAAAAAUUUUAUUGGAAAUUCAGGACAAGAAACAAAAGUGUAUGAAAGCUGUAUUGAUUCAUUGUGUUCUAUUUUAAAAAUUGAGAAUAUUAAAAAUAAAAAUUAUUUAUUUUGGCUAAAUGGAUGCUGUAUAUUUAUUAGCAAAAUUAAUAAUCAUAAAGAAAAAGUAUAUUUUAGAGAUAAUUGUAGAAAAUUAAAAUAUAUGAACAAUAAAACAUUUGAUUAUACCAAUGAAAAUGAUUACUUCUCUUAUUCAUCUUCAUCAGAUGAUUCUUAUGAUGAUAUUGAUAUCAUAUCUUUUAACGAAGAAGAUGAAACAAAAGAGAAAAAUAAAAAAUAUAUAAACAAAAAAAAAAAAUAUAGAAAUAAUUAUUUUAGUAAGGAUGAAGAAUAUAUGAAUAAAUUAAAUAAGGAAUUUUAUUUAGACAGUAAUUAUAUUAUUGUAAAUUUCUUAGAUUUAAAUAUAUUUACAAAUGAUAAUAUAAACAGCUCAAUUUUUACCAAGUCAUUUUAUAAAUCCAUGAAUUACAAAUUUGAUAAAAUAUCAGAUAAUUCUAAUGAUUAUAAUUUUCAGAAAGAAAAAAAUAAAUUAAAUGAAAAUACUAAUGAAUUAAUGAAUUAUGAAAAAAAAGUGUCUACUAUAAUAGAUAUGUGUAUAAAUAAUUUCUACAUUUUCCUAUUAUUGGAAGAAAAAUUAAUUAUUAUUAAUAAUGUAAAUUUUAAAAAAGUAUACGAACAAACGUUAUCUAUAGAAACAUACGGACAAGUUAUAAGAAUAAUGAAAGAUAAUUUUGAUGAUCAAGUAUGGUUAAGCACAUCUAAGUAUAUAUUUAAAAUUUUAAUAAAUAAAAAUAAUAAUAAUGAUAUGAUUUAUUUACAUCUUAAAAAAAGAAAUUACAAACAAAUAUUAGAAUCUGGUAAUAAUAGUGAAAAAGUUAAAAUAAAAAAAUAUCUACUAAAAAAUAAUAAAUAUGCCUUAGAUCAAUAUAAAUACACACAAACAAAUAAUGAAGAAAUGUUAAUAUCUUUUUUGCAUAAAAAGCAAUAUUUUCUUUUAUCUAAUUUUUUAUAUAAUAAUAUUCAUUGUUUUAAUAAUAUUGUUAGAAUUGCUUUAUUUAUAUGGUUAAUUCAACUUUACGUUUACUCAAUUGACUUAUAUAAUUAUUUAUAUUGUGCUACUUCCUAUCAUUAUUCUCCUGAUGAGAAAAAAAAAAUUAUUUCAUAUAAUCAAUUAGAAAACUCAGAAGAUAAAGUUAAACAGGAUGGAAAAGAGUUAAACAAUUUUUCAGAUGAAUCGAAGGAAAGUUUAGAUACUUCUAAUAAAAGUAUACAAGAAUCUGAUGAAUUUCUAGAAGAAUCAGAUGAAUAUUUAGAAGAAUCAGAUGAAUUUCUAGAUGAAUCAAAUGAAUUUCUAGAAGAAUCAAAUAAAUUUCUAGAAGGAUCAAAUGAAUUUCUAGAAGCAAUAGAUGAAUGUUUAGAAAAGGAAUAUGAAAAUUUUGAUCAUUUAAGUGAUAGCAUUCAAAAAUCAAGUGAGACUUUACAAGAUUCACUAGAUGAAAAUCAUAAAAAAUUAAAUAAAAAUGAAGAAGAACAAAAUAAUUGUUAUAUAGAAGCAGAAAAAAAGAUAAUUAAAAAAGAACCUAACAUAAAACAUAUAUCAAAUGCGAAAAAUAUAGAAGAACAAUAUAUGAAUCACUUAAGUGAUAAAGAUGUUUGUUUGAAUAAUUUUGAUAAAAGAAAUUAUAAUAAUAGCAAUGUUGGUAGUAAUAAUAAUAGUGAUAAUAAUAGAAAAUAUUGUACAAAUAUUUCUAGUGAUUAUAAUACUGAAAUAAAAAAAUUUAAAGAAAAUUAUAAAUAUUUAAAAAAUAAUAAAAAUUCUUUCAUUUUAUUUUUCGAAAAACUAAUAAAUGAGGAAGAAAAAAAAGAAUAUAAGAAUAAUUUUGAUUUUUCUAAAGAAAAAAAAAUAAAUAUUAAAACAUUAACAGAAAGUGAUAAUUUUUAUAUUUUAUUAAAAAUAUAUAAAAUGAAAAAUGUGGAAAUUUUUAGUUUUUUAAAAAAUCAAUGGAAUCUUAUUAUGAGUGAAAUAGAAAAAUAUAAAAAAUGUUUCUCAAAUAAUAAUAAAUAUGCAAAUUAUGAAAAAGAUUACAUAAAAAUCAAAAAGAAAUUAUAUAAACAUAUAUACACAUAUAAAUGUCUUGAAGUAUGUUGUUAUAUAAUAAUACUGAUAAAACAUUUUAAAAAUUUUUUUCAAUUAAAUGAAGUUGUCUUUGAUAUAUUUCAAAGUUUUAACAAAAUUAAUUUUUUAUUGUUAUACAAAUUUAUAAACAAUGAUUAUAAUUAUAUUAUAAAAUAUUAUAUUAAUAACAAUAAAUAUAAUUUGUUAUUUAAUGUAAUUAUAUUAUUUCCUCAAAAUGUCUUAUUAGAUGUUUUACGAGAGCAUGCCUUUAUAUUAUUUCUUCAUAAACCACAAAGAUUUGUUGAUUUAUUAAUUUUUUAUGAUAACUUAAUAGAUGACUAUUCUAAUAUAAUUAUAUGUAUGUUUAUAAUUAUUUUUUUUUUUAAAAAUUAUAAUAAAAAUGAAGAAAAAAAGCAAAAAAAAAAUAGCAAAUGUAAUAAUAUAUACUUGAAACACUUUAAUGCAUGUAUAAAAUUUUUAGAAUAUGCAUCCGAUAAAUUGAUUGAAGAAAAUAUAUUAGAAAAAAAAGAAAAUUAUGUUUAUACUUUUGAGUGUACAUGGAAAAAUAAUUAUAUCAUAAAUUGUUUGCUUAUUUUAUAUAUAGAAAAAGAUGAAAAUGAAAAAAUUAAAAAUUUUUUAAAUAGACUAAAAUCAGCAUCUACUCAUUUUGAUUAUUUGUUUAUUAUAAGAUUCUUAAAAGAAAAAAAUAAAGAAAAUUUUAUUCCUCAUAUUUAUAUUUUAAUGAAGUAUUAUGAAGAAGCAGUUGAAAAGGCAUUAGAAUUAAAUGAUUACAAAAUUGCGAAAAGUGCUGUUUUAUUGUGUGAUGAUGAGGAAGAAAAAAAAAAAUUAUUUCUGAAGAUAAUUAAGCAUGUUUCAAAAAAUUUAAAUGAUAAAAAUUUAAAAGAAAUAAUAAAUCUUGUAAGAGAUUCUAAUUCUAUAUUAAAUUUGCAUGAUAUUUUACCUUAUAUCAAUGAAAAUACCAUAAUAGAAUAUUUAAAAAAAGAUAUAUGUUCUUUAUUGGGUACAUAUAAUUUAAAGAUAAAAGCAAAAAAAGAAGAGAUUAAAGAAAAUUUACAAAGAAUAGAAUUAUUAAAUAAAGAUAUUAAAAAUGUUAGAAAAAAGCAUAUUGUUUUAGAUAAAAAUGAUAUAUGUUUUAUAUGUAAAAAAACUAUAUAUUACAAAAAAUUUUAUGUAUUUUCAUGCAACCAUUACUUUCAUAGUGUUUGUGCGCUUAAUAUUUAUUUAAAUUCUAAAUCUAAAGAGGAAUUAUUUCAAUUUUUCUCUAUUCUUCAUCAUUACAAAAAUUCUCUUAUUAAUCAAGAAGACAAAGAUACAUUAAUUUAUGAAAUGAAAAUUGAUGAUAUAUUAACUGAAGAAUGUUUUAUAUGUGGUAGUUUUUCUAUAAAUUCCGUUUUUCAAAAUUUUAUUUGUCAAAAUGAAUAUGAAUUAAUUGAUAGUUGGAGCAUAUCAAAAGAUUAA